GGCAUUCUGGCGCGGAGCUGAGCGGCGGCGGGCGCAGCUAGCGGGUCGGGCGCGGAGUGGGGGUGCAGCUCGGUUCCCCCCGACACCCCUCCCCCCCAGGCGCGAGCCCCACCCCUCCGCCAGCCAGGCCGACCCGGCCGAACUCUCCCCUGCGGCGCGAGCCCGGGGCGGCUCCGGGGCCCUCCCGCAGACCCCACCAUGGGCAGCCAGAGCUCCAAGGCUCCCCGGGGCGACGUGACCGCGGAGGACGCAGCAGGCGCUUCCCCCACUAAGGCCAACGGACAGGAGAAUGGCCACGUGAAAAGCAAUGGAGACUUAUCCCCCAAGGGUGAAGGGGAGUCGGCCCCCGUGAAUGGAACAGAGGAGGCAGCCGGGGCCACUGGCGAUGCCAUCGAGCCAGCACCGCCUAGCCAGGGUGCUGAGGCCAAGGGGGACGCCGCCCCCAAGGAGACCCCUAAGAAGAAGAAGAAAUUCUCUUUCAAGAAGCCUUUCAAAUUGAGUGGCCUGUCCUUCAAGAGAAAUCGGAAGGAGGGUGGGGGCGAUUCCUCUGCCUCCUCACCCACGGAGGAAGAGCAGGAGCAGGGGGAGAUCGGUGCCAGCAGCGAGGAAGGCAUUGCCCAGGAAGGGAAGGCUGUUGCUACCCCUGAGAGCCAGGAGCCCCAGGCCAAGGGGUCCGAGGCUAGUGCUGCCUCCAAGGGAGGAGAUACAGAAGAGGAGGCAGGGCCUCAGGCCGCAGAGCCGUCCUCGGGGCCUGAGAGUGGCCCUACACCGGCCAGCGAGCAGAAUGAGUAGCUAGGUGGGGGCAGGUGGGUGAUCUCUAAAGCUGCAAAAACUGUGCUGUCCUUGUGAGGUCACUGCCUGGACCUGGUGCCCUGGCUGCCUUCCUGUGCCCAGAAAGGAAGGGGCUGUUGCCCCCUCCCAGCCACAUUCCCUUCUCCUCUUCUCCCUCUUGUGGAUUCUCCCAUCAUCCAUCUGGUCUUCCUCCUAAGGCCAGUUGAAGGUGGUCCCUUGCAGUUUCCCAAGUUAGGUUAGUGAUGUGAAAUGCUCCUUGCCCUGGCCCUACUGCCUUCCCUGUUCCCAUCCCUUGCAGAAGGCGAAUUGCUGGUUUUCUUCUCCAGUUCUUUUCCAAGUAGGUUUUGUUUACUCCCCAAAUCCCUGAGCCAGAUGUGGGGUGCCUACACUCCCAAACCCUGAGCGUCCAGCUUUCCCUGUUGAGUUUUUAGUCUCUUGUGCUGUGCCUAGUGGCACCUGGGCUGGGGAGGACACUGCCCUUGUCUAGGUUUUUAUAAAUGUCUUACUCAAGUUCAAACCUCCAGCUUGUGAAUCAACUGUUGUCUCUUUUUUGACUUGGUAAGCAAGUAUUAGGCUUUGGGGUGGGGGGGAGGUCUGUAAUGUGAAACAACUUGUCUUUUUCCCCCCUCCCAUUGUUGUAAAUAACUUUUAAUGGCCAAACUCCAGAUUUGUACUUUUUUUUUUCUAACUGCUAAAACCAUUCUCUUCCACCUGGUUUUACUGUAACAUUUGGAAAAGGAAUAAAUGUUGUCCCUUUA